AUGCCUACUAUUGUGUGUGUAUUUUUGAAUGUUUUUCUUGGUUCCAUAUCUGUAAUAACUGUUUGUGGAAACCUCCUGGUAAUAAUCUCCAUCGUUUACUUCAGACAGCUUCACACUCCAACCAAUGCUCUCAUCCUCUCUUUGGCUGUGGCUGACCUGCUUGUGGGCGCCCUGGUCUUCCCUCUCACAAUAGAGUUCUCUAUAAGCUCGUGCUUGUAUCAUGAGGACAUAUUUUGCAAAGUAAGAAGCAGCUUCGACAUAACGCUCAGCACAUGCUCCAUUCUGAACCUCUGUUGCAUUUCUGUUGACAGAUAUUACGCAGUGUGCCAACCGCUGGCAUACAGAACUAAAAUCAGCAGCCAUGUUAUUGUGGUGAUGAUCUUGGUGAGCUGGGGCGUUCCAGGUGUGGUUGCGAUCAGUCUAGUGGGGUUUAACAGAGCAAAAUGUGGACAAAACUGUUUUUUUACCGUGGUGCUGGGAAAAAUUCUGAUUGUUCUGAUUACAUUUUACUUCCCACUGCUGGUAAUGAUAUGCAUCUACCUAAAGAUUUUUUUUGUGGCACAGAAGCAAGCACACAGCAUCCAGAGCAUGAAAAACUCUGGGACAUCUGUCAGUAAGAUGGAGAGGAAGGCCACUAAAACCUUAGUGAUUGUGAUGGGAGUUUUUCUGCUCUGUUGGCUGCCUUCCUUUUUAUGUACAACAGUUCUUACUUUUAGCAACGCUUCCCAGCCCGGCCCUCUGGUAGAAAUACUCAACUGGCUUGCGCUGUCCAAUUCAACGUUCAACCCGUUUAUUUAUGCUUUGUUUUAUAGGUGGUUCAGGUCAGCGUUCAGAAUGAUUAUUUCAGGAAAAAUUAUUUUGGGAGAUUUCACUAACUUCAAACUGUUUUGA